AAAAGACCGAGAGAGAAUGCGAGACAAUGGAGAAAGGAAGGGCCGGAGAGGCCAUACUCCAUCCCAUGAUAAUUAAUUAUAUUUUUUUUUUUAAUAAACAGAAGAAAUCCACAGUCCAUAACAUCAUUGAAAAUUGAGAAUUAUCAUCCAUCCAUCCAAUGGAUCCACUGUACAUAAUGCAUUAUAAUUUAGUUAUUUAUUUGAGGUUUGCGAUCUGUCAGUUUACUGAGUACAGAGGGGUUAACAAUGAUGAACGUCCACGAUCCCACCAUAGUUAGUUAGUUGUUAUAAUAUUAGUUUAUUUUUUUUAUUAUUAAUUAAGUUCAAGGAACUCAUAAACUCAGAUUUGACAUGACGUUUUUUUUUUUUUUGCCUUUUUCUUUCCGGAAAGGCAAAAACUACUACAAUUUUUUUUUUGGUUUUUUUUCAUAGUUGUAUAUUUUGGCAAUUGCUGCAUCUCACCGACUCCUCUGCCUCGCUUCUGCAUUGCGCAUUGAAGCGGUAGCCAUGGAGGAUUCGGAGAUGGAGCGGUAUUUCCGUCCCACCGUUUUCAUGUUGUAAGACCCCUCGAUUCUUCGUUUUUGAUCCCCGUUACCAACAACAUGAAUCGGAGUUUUAUCGGCGGGAGUAGCAUUAGGAACGCCGGUCUAUCCUCCUCCUCCUCCUCCUCCGCCUCUCACCGCCGAGGCCACAGCACCAAUGGAGUCGGUGGAGCCAUUCUCUCUUCCGACGACAACCUCCAACUCGAUCUGUUUUCCAGGAGUCGUCGCAGCCUCUCUAUUGCUUCCUCCGACGACUCCGAAGAUGUUUCAGUCGCCGCCAGGUUGGGCAGACUCUCCCUUGGAUCAAAGACCACCUCCGCCGCCAAGCUCACUAAAAAUCCUCUUGACGAUCUGCUCGCCUCUACUGAUGGAGGCAAGCACGAUUACGACUGGCUUCUUACUCCUCCUGGAACUCCUAUAUUUCCUACAUCUGAUGGAAAUGGAUCUGAAACUGUGGGAUUGGCUGCAAGAAACAGCUCCUUAGCCAGAUCUACAUCUACAUCGACAAUGACUAAGACCUCAAGGCUUUCGGUUUCGCAGUCAUCAGAGACCAAUAACCGGCCAAGGCCGACCAGAAGUAGCUCCGUGACUCGUCCAUCUGUUUCUACUUCCCAAUACAGCACAUACUCUUCAAAUAAAUCCAGCUCCAUUCUCAACACUAGUUCAGCUUCAGUUUCAUCUUAUAUUAGGCCCUCUACUCCUGGCCGAUCUUCAUCUACAGCAGCAAGACCUUCAACCCCAUCUUCCCGACCUACAUUGUCAAGAUCUUCUACUCCAUCUAAAUCCCGCCCUACAGCCAGUACUUACACCUCUGCUGAAAAAGUGAUGAGGCCGUCCCAGAAUUCCAGACCUUCCACUCCAACGUCUAGGUCGCAGAUACCUGCAAACUUGAACACCCCUGUUUCUCGUAGCACUUCUCGGCCGUCAACCCCUACACGUCGAAAUCCAGCACCACCUUCUUCAUCUCUAGCAUCAGGACCCCCAAAUUUAGCCAGUCGCUCUGUCCAGAAUGGACGAGCUUUGGUGGCUACAUCAUCCCGCCCCAGCUCCCCAGGCCCACGAGUUCGGCCUACUCCACAACCAAUAGUUCUCCCAGAUUUUCCACUUGAAACACCACCGAACCUUCGGACUACUUUGCCAGAUAGGCCCCUCUCUGCUGGUAGGUCUAGGCCAGGCAGUGCUGCCAGCUCGAGAGGGAACACGGAGAAUCAAGGUGUCGUCACUUUGCAGAGAAGGAACUCGUCACCUGUUGUUUCCAGGGGUAGGCUCCCUGAAACUCCUGCAAGGAACAAACUGGUUGUCAAUGGGCACCCGAGUCAUAACCCUGAGUCUCACAGAUCUAACUCGGAUUUGUCAACGAGGAAACCACUAAAGACAUCCACGGACAGCACCGGAUUUGGGCGAACAAUUUCAAAGAAAUCUCUGGAUAUGGCAAUGAGACACAUGGACAUAAGAAAUGGCAGCAAUGGGAUUCGUCCUCUUUCAAGUUCAACCCUCUUCCCCCAAAGCAUACGGUCUGCUGGCAACACCACAAAAGUUCAACAGAAUCCCCCUGUAAGUGCAGUAGAAGCCGCUUCAUAUAAUGAUGGGGAUAUCACUGUCAACAACCAUUACGGUACUACUGCUACUGCAGAACAACAUGGGAAUUUUGUUAGUAAAUAUCAUAUGGAGAAUAAUGGAAAUGAUCAGGAGGCAAAGAAGCAGCAGCAGCCCCAACAACGACUUUCAGCAAAACUCUCAGUUGCUGAUAUAUAUGAGAGUUCCCGAUAUGACACCCUUCUGCUUAAAGAGGAUUUAAAAAACACAAAUUGGCUGCACAGUCUAGAUGAUAAAUUUGGUGAUGAAGGAGCUCUCUUUGACAAUGGGUUUGAACCUUUACCUGAACCCUUUGAUCCCUUAUAACCUCCACUAUAACAUUUCUCGAUAUAUACCAGCAUGAAAUCUAUGUGGAAUCAAACUUACCUGUAGACAAUUUUUAUAACUGUCACUGAUUCAGUAAUUUUAAAGGGUUCGUGAGUGUGCUGAAAUGUGUUGUAUAAUCCGGUAGUUAUUGUGGGAAAGAGAAAAUAGCUUGAUAUUGGAUUUCUUUUGAUAUUUCUAUUACAAAGAGAUGCUUUCCUUUUUUGCCCCUUCAAAAAAUAAAAAGAAAGUAUGUUUUGCGUC